AUGAGCAUCCUGUUCCUCCUAGUUGGUGGACUUUUGUUCGCCUGUAUGGUUGUUUGGAAAAAACGUUUUCAGAGAAACAUUGGUGAAAUGUCAUCAAAUUCAUCUUCUCUUGCACUAGUAAGACCAUCCUCUUUUACUUGGUCAACUAAGAGCAAUACUAAUGCAAGUCUUACAGUCAACAGCCUUUCUCAGGAUGUCUUCAUUAAUUUACCACACUCAAUAGCCAUGCAGAAGAAAAUAUUGGUAAACCUCAGCAUCGUGGAAUACAAGCUGGCUGAAUUGGAACAUAUCCUAAUUAUUAAGGCUGUGAAAGAUGCAUUAGUUAACCGGAAGUCCAUUGGCAUGCUUAGAGAAUGUACUGACAUUAGAGGCAAACAUUAA